CAAAAACCCUCUCACUGCCCGCGACAGUGUCACAACUCCAAAGUCCAAACCCUCUCUCUCAAAAAUGGCCAAGAUCCAAACCACCAAGAAGCGCAGGCUCGUCAAAACCGCCGACAAAAACCUCGACAAAACCCCCAAAGCCCCGAAACUCGAACCAGAACAAGAACAAGAACCAGAACCAGAACACGAACACAACGACGACCUCCGCCGCAAACAGCCCCAAACCGGGUCGGACUCGGACUCGGACUCCGACUCGGACUCCGACCCGGAGACCCUGUCCCAGCUCCUGGAGCCCUACUCCAAGGAGCAGCUCAUCUCCCUCAUAACCGACGCCGCCUCCAACGACUCCUCCCUCUUCAAACGCAUCCGCGACGCCGCCGACGCCGACGUCUCGCACCGCAAGAUAUUCGUCCACGGCCUCGGAUGGGACACCACCCGCGAAACCCUAGUCUCCGCCUUCCAGCCCUACGGCGACGUCGAGGACUCCAAUCUGGUAAUGGACAAGCUCACCGGCAAGACCAAAGGCUACGGCUUCGUCCUCUUCAAGACCCGCCGCGGCGCCCUCAAGGCCUUGAAGGAGCCCAAGAAGAGCAUCGGCAACCGCAGCGCCUCCUGCCAGCUGGCCUCGGUGGGCCCGGGGAACAACAAUACGGCGGCGCCGUCUUCGUCGUCGAGUGGCGGCGGCCAGUCGGACUCGGCGGGGAGGAAGAUUUACGUCAGCGGCGUGCCGCAUGAGGCCGAAGCCGAGAAAUUGAGGGCUUUGUUUGGGAGAUUUGGGGAAAUUGAGACCGGGCCGAUGGGUUUCGAUUCGCAGACCGGGAAGUCUAGAGGUUUUGCUUUGUUCUUGUACAAGAGUGUGGAAGGUGCAAAGAAGGCACUUGAGGAACCGGUGAAGGUGUUUGAAGGGCACCAAUUGAACUGCCAGAAGGCCACUGAGGGGUCAAAGAACAAGAAUGCCGUGGCGCCGGCACAGCAGCAGACGCAGGCUCCGCCACUGGCGGCGGUACCCGGGGCGCAGAAUAUGGCGUUUUUCGGACAGUACCCGGGAUUGAAUCCGUUGUAUGGUGGAUUGAUGACCAAUGUAGGAGGUGCAUUGGUUCCUGGGUCUGGUAACCCGGCUAUGAUGGCCCGGCCGUUGAACCCGGGUUUACUGGCGGGGGCAUUGAACCCUGGUGUGUUUCCAGCUGGACAGUAUGGUCAGGUGGGUGCUGGUGUUGGUGGGUUUGGUGGUGUGUCUCAUGGGAUGGGAAGUUUCGGUGGGGGAGGCUCGUUGCUUGGCGCAUACGGGUCAAUUGCACCGCUUCCUGCAAUGCAGAGUCUGCAGCAUGUUUAUCCAAGUUCACAGACGGGGCAGACGGCUACAGUUAGGCCUCAGGGGAGUAACGGGUACCAACCGUAUAUGUGAGUAAGUGUGGCUGAAGUUCCGCAAGGAUGAUCAAUGACUCUUGGGGAAUAUUUAUCUUAAAGCUUGCUUUGGGUUGAUCAAUUUUUCUGGAAGUUUUUCAUGGGGAAGACUUUGGAAUUGAAUAUAAUUUUCUCUCAUGGUCCAUAUCUUCGCCAUGCUCGGCAACAACUUGAUGGAUGUUCCUCUUUUCUUUUCUUUUUUUCUUUUAGUCCCUCAAAUCUUUGUCAAGCUUUAUCUUGUAAGAACUUUCGACAUCUAUUUUCACUUUUAUGCUCAGUUUUCAAUAA